AUGGCGGACUGGAAGACGCAGGUCUCUUACAACUACAACAGCGCGUACCACGCAUACGCUUACGGCCUGGUGUACCAGCCCGGGGCCGAGCAGCCCCACCACACGCACCACACCCACCAUACCCACCACAACCUGGCGGACUGGGGCGACGCCGGGGCCCAGGACCUGAGCAGCUACGAUGGUGGGGCGGCGCAGGGCUGCUACUCCGCCACCGCGGGGCCCCGGGCGCAGCCCUCGGCCCCGGUAUCCGGCGCCUGCUACCCGGCCCCCGGGCUCGGCCACGUGGGCGGCCCGCAGGGCGGGAACGCGGCCAGGCGAGCCGGCAGCGACUCUGCCAGCGACUCCGAGGCGCACACCUCACCCGAUUCGUGGAGUUCUGUCAGCAGCCGUGAAAGCAGUCUCCCCCAGGCAGACCCUGUUACCUGGGCUGAGAAAGACGAGAGCGAGGAUGUGGUUGGCAGGAGUCCGGAUACCAAUAAUGAUGUCUCCAGCUCUCUCAUGGAGGAGCCACAGACUUUUGACAUCAUGGGAAACAAAGCCACUGAAAACCAGGCGUCUUUGAAUGGGGCCCCAGCUACCCCGAAGAAGCCGUGCACUACUCCAGGAAAUACCCCCAAAGGAAAGGCCAGGGCAGCUUUCUCUGAGUGUCAGAUGAACGCUCUGGUCCAGCGCUUCAGCGUGCAGCGGUACCUCACCCCAGGCGAGAUGAAGAACUUGGCAGAACUGACUGGGCUGACCUACAAACAGGUGAAGACGUGGUUUCAGAACCGGCGGAUGAAGCUUAGGAGGCACCAGAAAGACACAAGUUGGGUGUCUGAGCGCUAUGCCGUCAAAAAGGACAACUCUGUUCGUGGCCCAAUUUUCUCAAACGGCACCUCACACAUCACACCUUACCAGGGAGAUGCACGGCCCCAAUUCAGAGAGCAUUACGCGCAGCACAUGGAGGCAGCUUUCAAGAGCGCGCCACAGAACCUGGCCUUCUACCUGGCUGCUAUGGGCGGAGCUCCCAGACCUGCCGGCUAUCACCCCUGGUCCUCCGGCUCAUCGCAGGGCGCCGUGGCCAACAGGCCCCACGUAUCUGGGUGGCCCAUGCCGCUAGACGGCAGCCGCUACGACUACAACCCCAAUGCAUUCAACGCACCCGGGGCCGUGAACAACUUUGAGCACAGUGCAAGCUUUGAAACCAAGGAUGGGGAGUCCGGGGGAACCCACGCCUCCUUAAAUGCAGCUAUGCCACACAAUGCCGGCCAGUAG